AUGACCACCGCCCUAAACAUUAACUGGGUGGUAGAUGAGCUCCAAGACAGAUUCAAUACCCACGGGACGAUUCUGGUGAGGCAGGCGCUCGACUCGAUCCUCCAGCUGCAGAGGGACCUGGAGGCGGCGAACCUGAACCUGGCCACGGCACGCAGCGAGACGGACCAACUGAGAACGGAAAUGGACAAGCUGCAACUAGAACUCUACAGGAUCCACACUGGCGAUAUUCGUGUCGACAGGGCAAGACCUCAUUCUCCGCGCGCAAGGGGCGGGCUGAGCGCAAGCAGGGCCAGGAGCCACAGCCGCGAGAGGAGCAGAAGCCGCCGCAGGAGCACGCCGCCCGACAGCACUCACGUACACUGGGCCGAGCCGGUCGCCGUGGGUGCGAGCGAGGCAGGGCUCUCCGCGAACAGCGCGGCCGCGACCGCGGGCGUGCGCGAUCGGCCGUCGCAGAGCUACCAUCUGUCCGCGCAGCACCUCCGCGACGAGCGACGGAAGCGCGAGUUCCUCGAGGAGCGGGACCGGCUGUCCGCGCGGUUCGACCUCCACUCCCGGCCGGACCCUCGCAGCACGCACUUGCCGAGCUUCCCAUGGAGCGGGACGGGCGCGCCUCCUCCAAGCUCGCCGGCUGGACAUCCAGCGACCCCGGUUUCGCACCCUCAGCCCAUCCCAGUAGUGUCGCCCUAUGACAUUCCGCCCCCGGGAGAUCCGCUCAGCAUGGCGGCGGGGAUGUUUCGUCCUCGCCGGUCGCCAAUGUCGAGCCAUGCGCGGGACUUCAUCAUGCGCGGGGGGCGAGAUGGACCGCUCUUUGGUCACUUCAGGUAA